AUGAGUUUUAACACGACGACCACCGCAUCCAACGCGUCUUGUUCACUCGCGUCUUCUCAGAAGACGAGCGUGAGAGGUGGACGAGCGAACAAUAAAUUGAGAGCGCAAAAACAUGCGAUUGCAAGACAGAACGGAAGACGCGCGUCUUCUCUCGUCGUCUGCGAUGGCACCGGGAAGUUCGUCGUCGGAGGGAACUGGAAAUGCAAUGGAACGAUAGACUCUAUCGAUAAAUUAUGCGCGAGCUUGAACAGUGGGAAGAUCACGGCCGACGUAGAAGUCAUCUGCGCGCCGCCGAUGGUAUACAUAGACAGAGUGCAAUCGAAAUUGAAGGCACCGUAUCAAAUUGCAGCGCAAAACUGCUGGGUUAGCAAAGGUGGUGCUUUCACUGGAGAAGUCUCCGCGGAGAUGUUGAAAGACGCGAACAUUCCGUGGGUCAUUUUGGGACACUCGGAGAGAAGAUCUUUGUGCGGCGAAACGAAUGAAUUUGUUGGCUUGAAAACUAAAUACGCGUUAGAUACUGGAGUGAAGGUGGUGGCGUGCAUAGGCGAAUCGUUAGCGCAAAGAGAGGCGGGAGACACCUUGAACGUGUGCUUCGCGCAACUCAAAGCUAUCGUCGAUUGCGUGACUGAAAAGGACUGGGAGAACAUCAUCAUUGCUUACGAACCAGUUUGGGCUAUUGGAACGGGUAAAGUCGCAACUCCGGACCAAGCGCAAGAAGUGCACGCUGGCGUCCGGAAGUGGAUGAAUGAAAACGUCUCCGCGGAUGUGGCCUCCAAGGUGAGAAUCCAAUACGGCGGAAGCGUGAACGCUGGCAACUGCGAUGAAUUGGCGACGAAGCCUGAUAUCGAUGGAUUUCUUGUCGGUGGCGCCUCUUUGGACGGUGAAGCGUUCGUUAAGAUUUGCAACUCUGCCGCGCAUUCUAAAUAA